AUGGUUGCAUCUCAGAGUGUGGAUCUGAGCAUCUUAAUGGCUGCAAUGACAUCGCAGAUAGCACAGAUUUCGUUCCAGCUACAAGCGCAAGAAGCACGUAUAACGCCACGGUUGGAAGCACAGGAAUCACGUAUAUUGCAGUUUUCAUCACAGCUCAAAGAAAUACAAAAUAAAAUCGAAGAAAACUAUAAGGAGACAAAGCAUAAAAUCGAGGCUGAGUUAUACGCUGAGUUGAAACGUACUGUCCAUGAACUGCAGUUAUAUCGUCCAUUAGUUACUUCAACUAGUUCUCUGAAGGUUGAGGAAAAUGAGAAGCCUACUUUGUCAUCUACUGGUAUGGAUCUGAGCAUCUUAAUGGCUGCAAUGACAUCGCAAAUGGCCCAGAUUUCAUCCCAGCUGCAAGCUCAGGAAGCGCGUAUAACAUCGUGGAUACAAGCUCAGGAAGCACGUAGUAUAUUCCAGUUGCCAUUGAACUCAUCAGCGAUGGAUGCAAAGAUUACACAGCUUCUGGAUAAUUUAGUGCGAGGUAGUGCGCAACUCAAUAUUAGGCAGGAUAAAAUAGAAGAAAAAGAUAAAAAGAAUAUCGAGGAAAGGCAGGAUAACAUCGAAGAAAAGCAUGACGAAAAGAGGGAUCAAAUCGAAGGGAAACAGGACAACAUCGAAGAACCCGAUAAGGAAAAAAUCGAAGCGAAACAAGAUAAAGUCAAAGAAAUAGAUAAGGAGAAAAUCGAACACAGACAGGAUAAUAUCAAAGAAAAGGAUAAAGAGAAAAUCGAAAAGAACCAGGAUAGCAUCGAAAAAAACGAUAAAGAAAAGAAAGAUAAAUUCGAAGAGAGACAGGAUAAUAUCGAAGAAGCCGACAAAGACAAAUUCAAAGAAAUUUAUAAUAUUAGUAGCGGAGCAAAUGAUAAGUAUGGGAAGGAUGAAAUCGAAGAAAAGCACAAGGUAAAAGAGAAAGAGGAUAAACGCGAAGAAAACCAGAAUGGAAUCGAACAAAGAGAGAAUAAAACCAAGACCGAAUUGGAUGAAUUAAAAGAUCUUAUUCGUCAAUUACAGUUGAAUCGUUCGAUUACUUCAGCGAAUUCUCCCAAGGUGGAAACCCCAACUUUUGACGGCACGACUUCUUUCGGGGUAUUUAAGCUACGAUUUGAAAAGACGGCAAAAGUAAAUAACUGGAGCGUGGAAGACAAAGUCGAUAUGUUGACUUUAAGUUUGAAAGGUUCUGCGGCGGAAUUUUUGCUGACUAUUCCCGAUGUUGAUAUAAAUAGUUAUGACGCGAUAAUUGGUGCAUUCCAAAUACGCCAUGAGAACGAGCACAAGAUUCUGGUGGAUAAAUUGAAUUCGGAAAUUCGCAACCGGAGGGAGGACAAAGAAAGGUUUGAAAAAGAUCUUUACGGUCCUUGGUGCCCUUGA